AUGUCUAACAACAAGGAAGAAGCUAUCAAGCUCAAGGAUGAGGGAAACGCGUAUUUAAAGGAACAUCGUUAUAAUUAUGCUAUUGAUUCGUAUACUAAGGCGAUUGAAUUGGAUCCAACGAAUGCAGUUUUCUAUUCCAAUAGAGCCCAAGUUCAUAUUAAAUUAGAGAACUAUGGAUUAGCUAUUAGUGAUUGUAAUGAAGCUUUGAAAGUUGAUCCAAACAUGAUGAAGGCAUACUACCGUAGAGGUAUUUCAUUAAUGGCCAUCUUGAAUUAUAAAGAGGCACAGAUCAAUUUUAAAGAGAUUUUGAAGAAGAUGCCAAACGAUAGAUUGACUUUAGAGAACAACAAACAAUGUAUUAGCUACUUGAAGAAACAGGCAUUUGAAAAGGCUAUUGCGGGAGACGUGAAGGAAUCGGUGAUUAACAGUAUCAACUAUAAUGAUUUGAUAAUCGAGAAAACCUGGGAAGGUCCCGAAUUAUCGAUAAAUGCUAAAAGAGAAAAUAAGGAGUCUGACCUUGAAGUUGAAAUAGAAGGGUUAGAUUUAGAUUACUUGAAGUACAUGAUCAAACUUUUCAAAGACGGAGGCAAAUUACCAAAGAAACAUGUUCAUGCAAUUGUUGCAAAGGUGCGUCAAUUGUUCAAAAACGAAAGCAGUAUGGUAGAAGUCUCUCAAGGCCAUUCAAAGCUUUCUUCUAGUGAGUCGCCAGACGAAAUCCUCUUAUCAAAAGCAAAGAAAUUCACGGUCGUUGGAGACACACAUGGACAAUUUUAUGACGUUUUAAAUCUUUUCCAGAAAUUUGGAUACGUGUCUGAAGAACACGCAUAUUUAUUUAACGGUGAUUUUGUUGAUAGAGGUUCGUGGUCAUGUGAAGUUGCAUUGUACUUAUACGUUUUAAAGAUUUUGUACCCUACUUCAGUCUUUAUUAACAGAGGAAAUCAUGAAACUAAUGACAUGAAUAAGACAUACGGUUUCACUGAUGAGUGUGAGCAUAAGUACUCCAAAAAGAUAUUUGAGGCAUUCGCCGAGUCCUUUGGUGCGUUACCAUUAGCCACUUUGAUCAACCGUUCGUAUUUAUGUAUGCAUGGUGGUUUAUUCUCUGAUUCUAAAGUCAAAAUAGAAGACAUCAAAAAGAUCAACCGUUUCCCAAAUUCUGGCUCAACUCAACCAGCAAGAGAUGGCAUUGGAAUGGAAUUAUUAUGGACGGACCCACAACCAACAAAUGGGUGUUCCCCAUCAAAGAGAGGUAUUGGUAUGCAGUUUGGUCCUGAUAUAACUGAAAGGUUCUGCUUAACCAAUAAAAUUAGAAAGGUUUUAAGAUCCCAUGAAGUGAGAAUGGACGGUGUAGAAGAAGAGCACAACGGUAGAUUAAUUACAGUCUUUAGUGCACCAAAUUAUUGUGAUUCUACUGGUAAUUUAGGUGGUGUUGUUCAUUUUACUGAAAAUGACAAAUAUGAUAAAGAAAAGGAUGACGGUGAAGGAUAUAGAGCCUCUGAUGAUGCUAACUGUCCAUGGAACUUGCAAAUUGAAACCUUUGAAGCCGUUCCACAUCCUGAUUUAAAGCCAAUGGCUUAUUCUAAGAGUGGAUUUGGAUUUUAA